GAAGUCACGUAGGUUAGCUGCCAUGUUGAGUUUCCAUUUAUCCUAUUCAUUUUUCUGGCUGCUUGAGGAAGCAGGCGCGAUGGCCAAUGCCUCAACAGACCUGGACAAUGCUGAGGCCCAGAGACAGCUCAACAACAACAACAGGCCUGCAAGCACAGGAUUCUGGGAAACAGAGACCACCAGUGCCAAACUAUUUGAGUGCUCCCGCAUCAAAAAACUAGCAGAUGAGAGGGAUGCAGUCCAGAAGAAAACCUUUACUAAGUGGGUGAACUCUCAUUUGGCCCGUGUGUCCUGCCGUAUCUCUGACCUGUAUAAUGACCUGAGAGACGGAUACAUGCUCAUCAGGCUGCUGGAGGUGCUGUCAGGAGAGCUGCUGCCUCGGCCCACAAGAGGCAGGAUGAGGAUUCACUGUUUGGAGAAUGUGGAUAAGGCUCUUCAGUUCCUCAAAGAACAGAGGGUUCAUCUAGAAAAUGUUGGUUCUCAUGAUAUUGUUGAUGGAAACCACCGCCUCACUCUCGGCCUCAUCUGGACCAUCAUCCUCCGCUUCCAGAUCCAGGUGAUUAAGAUUGAGACGGAGGACAACAGAGAGACACGUUCCGCUAAAGAUGCCCUACUUCUGUGGUGUCAGAUGAAAACAGCAGGGUACCCAGAGGUCAACAUUCACAACUUCACCACCUGCUGGAGGGACGGCCUGGCUUUCAACGCUCUUAUUCACAGGCACAGGCCUGAUUUAAUUGAAUUCCACAAGUUGACCAGAUCCAAUGCAACACACAACCUCCAGCAAGCCUUUAACAAAGCUGAACAGAGUCUCGGACUCACCAAACUACUAGACCCUGAGGAUGUAAACACAGAGAACCCAGAUGAGAAGUCCAUCAUCACUUAUGUAGUAUCCUACUAUCAUUAUUUCUCCAAAAUGAAGGCACUUAUUGUAGAAGGGAAGAGAAUUGGAAAGGUGCUGGACAAUGCUAUAGAAGCUGAGAAGAUCAUUCGCCGUUACGAGGCUUUAGCAUCCGACCUGUUAGAGUGGAUUGAGAGAACCAUUAGCAUCAUUAGCAACCAGAAGUUUGCAAACUCGCUGUCGGGUGUUCAGCAACAGCUUCAAGCCUUUACCACCUACUGCACCAUUGAGAAGCCUAUCAAAUUCCAGGAGAAAGGGAACCUGGAGGUGCUGCUUUUCACCAUCCAAAGUAAGCUCAGAGCUAACAAUCAGAAGCCAUAUAUGCCUCAUGAUGGGAAACUUAUCUCAGACAUCAAUAAGGCGUGGGAGAGACUAGAGAAGGCGGAGCACGAGAGGGGCGUGGCUCUUAGAAAAGAGCUGAUUCGUCAGGAAAAGCUAGAACUUCUAGCUCAACGAUUCGAUCAUAAGACCACCAUGAGGCAGGCUUGGCUGAAUGAAAACCAGCGUCUCGUCUCACAGGAUAACUUCGGCUAUGACCUGCCAGCUGUUGAAGCUGCCAUGAAGAAACACGAGGCGAUCGAAGCAGACAUCAUGUCAUACGAGGAGCGCAUCAGUGUCGUGGUGGAGCUGGCGACUGAGAUGGAGUCAGAAGGGUACUAUGACAUCCGACGUAUCUUGGCGCGCAAAGAAAACAUCUUCGGCCAGUGGAGCCUUCUGAAGGAGCUGGUGGUGGGGCGUAAAGCCCGUCUGGAGAAGAACCUGGCCUUGCAGAAGACCUUCCAAGAGAUGGUCUACAUGAUCGACUGGAUGGAGGAGAUGCAGGUUAAGCUGCUGUCUAAAGACUAUGGCAAACAUCUUCUUGAAGUGGAGGACAUGCUCCAGAAACAGAGUUUACAGGAGGCUGACAUCUCUAUACAGGCAGACAGAGUUCAAAUCCUCAACACUGCAGCUCUCAAAUUCACCACUAUUGAAGGUUACCAGCCGUGUGACCCUCAGGUAAUUUGUAAUCGGGUCAACCACGUCAACACCUGCCUAGAAGAAUUAAAGCAGCUGGCUGCAAAACGGCACUCGGAGCUGGAGGAUUCACGCGAGCUUUGGGCCUUCUUUCAGGAGGUAGAGGAAUCGGAGAAUUGGAUCCGAGAGAAGACGUCCAUCUUGGCCACGCAGAGCUGCGGAAAAGACCUGAGCAGUGUCCUGCGACUGCUGCAGAAGCACAAAACUUUGGCUGGAGAGCUGUUGGCGCGACGUGCGUUACUUCAGCAGACCAUGAAGAAGGGCAAGCAGAUCCUCACCCAGAAGAGCUUCGGUACGGCAGGAAUACAAGAGCGACUGAUGGAGGUCAAGGCGGAGUGGAAGAGACUGGAGGACCAGGUCACACAGAGACUCUGUAACCUACAGGAGGCGCUGGACUUUUUUCAGUUUAGCACUGAGACGGACGAUCUACUAGCUUGGCUACAGGACGCUUACCGUCUCGUUUCUAGCGAGGACUUCGGACAUGAUGAGUAUUCAACGCAGUCUCUACUUAAAAAGCACAGAGGUGUCCGAGAGAGUAUCGAUAAACACCGCGUACAAGUGGUGGGCCUUCGGAAACACAUGGUUGCAUUGCCGUUGCAUUAUCGGGAGCUGGAUGAGGUGCGAGCGCGCAUGGCUGAGACGGAGCAGCUCUACACAGAGGUGGCGGAAGUUGGCGUGUUGCGGCAGCAGUGGCUGCAUGACGCGCUGGCUGUGUAUCGCAUGUUUAGUGAGGUGAAUGCCUGUGAGGUGUGGAUCGAUGAGAAGGAGCAGUGGCUGAACAGGAUGGAGGUUCCCGAGAGACUAGAGGACGUGGAGGUGAUCGCACACAGGUUUGAGAGCUUGGACCAAGAGAUGAACAGCCUGAUGGGAAGAAUACUAGACGUUAAUCAGAUCGUCCAGCAGCUCUUAGACAGCGGUCACCCCAGUUCCACUGAAGUCAGGGGCUGUCAAGAUCACUUGAACAGCAGGUGGAACCGCAUCGUGGAGCUGGUCGAGCAGAAGAAAGAUCACCUGGACUCAAUCCUGCGCAUCCAGAACUACUUACUGGAAUGCACGGAGAUCAAGUCCCAGAUUCAGGACAAGCGGAAAGCCAUAGACGCCACGCAGUAUGUGGGCAGUGACCUGGGCAGCGUGCUGGCUCUGCAGCGCCGUCUCUCUACCAUGGAGGGAGCUCUGGCGGUUCUCGAGCCCAAGCUCCUCCAGCUUCAGGAGGAAGUGGAGGAGCUCGCCACAUCCCAUCCGGACAAGGCCAUAGACAUCCUGGUUCCCUUUGAGGGCAUCAGCGUGGAGUGGGAAGAGCUAAAGCGUACAUUACAAGGCUGCGAGGACUCUUUAACUGUCGCUGGCCACUUGCAACAGUUCAUCCAAGACUUGGAUUCAUUCCUCACCUGGUUGGUGCAAACUCAGACAGCAGCUGCUUCAGAUGAGCUUCCCAAUGCUUUAGAGGAUGCGGAACGGCUGAUAAACCAACACGCUGCACUCAAGGAGGAGAUCGGAAGGUACGAAGAGGACUAUGAGCGUCUCCAGGCUGUGAAUGAGCUCUUGGAGACGGAUGAAGCGCCGUUGCCUCAUGGAGCUCUGCAGCAGUGGCUGCACAAGCUGGAUGUGGGCUGGAACAAACUGCUGGAGAUGUGGGAGAGCAGGAGGGAAGUGCUGGUGCAAGCUCACAUCUUCCAUCUCUUCCUGAGGGAUGUCAAGCAGGCCGAGGCUUUCCUCAAUAACCAGGAGUCAGCGCUGGCCCAUGUGGAGCUCCCCACCACAGUGGAGACAGUGGAGGCAGCCAUCAAAAAGCACAAGGACUUUACCACCACCAUGGAGCUCAACCUCCACCGCAUUAAAGCUGUCAUAGAGGCGGGAGAGAGCCUCAUCAGUCAGAACAACAUCUAUUCAGAGCGCAUCAGAGAGAGAGUGGAUCUACUCGCUAACAGAGGGAACCAGAACCGUGAACACGCUCAGCAGUGGCUUCAUAAGCUCAAUGACCAGUGGGAGCACCAGAGGUUUCUACAAGACUGCCAUGAGAUUGGUGAUUGGGUGGCAGAAAAGAUGCUAAUGGCUCGCGACACCUCCCGCGACGAGACUCAGAAGCUUCAUAAGAAGUGGCUGAAACAUCAGACCUUCAUGGCAGAACUUGCUCAGAACAAGGAGUGGCUGGACAAGAUCGAGAAAGAGGGCCAGCGGUUAAUGCAGGAGAAGCCGGAGAUGAGCGCGCUGGUGAAGAAGAAGAUGGAGGAGAUCCGUGAGUGCUGGCAGGAUCUGGAGAGCACCACCCAAGCCAAAGCCCGGCAGCUGUUCGAGGCCAACCGGGCCGACCUGCUGGUACAGAGCUACUCCAGCCUGGACCAGCGACUCGAGCAGCUUGAAGGACAGCUGGCAUAUGUGGACUACGGCCAGGACCUGACCACUGUCAACAAGCAGCUGAAGAAACUACAGACGAUGGAGUGUCAGAUGGAGGAGUGGUAUAUAGAGGUUGGAGAGCUGCAGGCCCAUGCGGCCUCCAUCCCUCAGCAGGGGCAGGUGGAAAAGGUCUCCGAGAAACAAGCCGGUGUGGAAAUGCGAAUUGUACGACUGAUUGAGCCUCUGAAAGAGAGACGUCGUAUCCUGCUGGCCUCUAAAGAAGUGCACCAAGUGGGCCGUGACCUUGAGGAUGAAAUUUUGUGGAUAAAAGAGCAUCUUCCAGUGGCCACUUCUCAGGAAUAUGGGACAAGUUUGCAAGCUGUACAGCAACUCAUGAAGAAGAAUCAAAGUCUGCAGAGGGAGCUUCAAGGUCAUCGUGGACGUGUGGAGGAUGUUCUGGAGAGAGCAGGUGUGAUCGCGUCCAUCCGCAGUCCAGAAGCAGACAGCAUCAGGGCUGGCAUGGAGCAGCUCCAUCAGCUGUGGGAGGUGCUGUGGACCGAGACCGAGCACCGGCAGCUCCGGCUGGAUGUCAUGUACCAGGCGCAGCAGUACUACUUUGAUGCAGGAGAGGUGGAGGCCUGGCUCAGCGAGCAGGAACUGCACAUGAUGAAUGAGGAGACGGGAAAGGAUGAGGCCAGUACUCUGCAGUUGCUGAAGAAACAGCUGGCGCUACAGCAGACCAUAGAGGACUAUGCCGAGACCAUCGGAAUGCUUUCACAGCAGUGCAGACAGCUGCUGGAGCUCAGACAUCCAGACUGUGAGCAGAUCAGUAAGCAUCAGUCUCAGAUCGACAGGCUGUACGUGUCUCUGAAGGACCUGGCGGAAGAGAGGAAGUCUCGUCUGGAGCAGCAGUACUGGCUCUAUCAGCUCAACAGGGAGGUGGAUGAACUUGAGCAGUGGAUAGCAGAGAGGGAGGUCAUCGCCAGCUCCACUGAACUCGGACAGGACUUUGAGCAUGUCACGAUUCUGCAGGAGAAAUUCACAGAGUUUGCAGCGGAGACUGGGAGCCUGGGGCAGGAGAGGGUCACAGCUGUCAACCAGAUGGUUGAUGAGCUCAUAGAUUACGGGCACACUGACGCAGCCACCAUCGCUGAAUGGAAGGAUGGAGUGAACGAGGCCUGGGCGGAUCUGCUGGAGCUGAUGGAGACACGGGGACAGAUGCUCGCUGCUUCACACCAGUUACACAAGUUCUUCUCUGACUGCCGAGAGGUUUUAGCACAGAUUGAGGAUAAGCAGCGGAGGUUACCUGAGGUUCGCGCAUGUCAAGGAGGCACUUCAAAUACCAGCACUCUGCAGAGACUUAUGCAGACUUUUGAACAUGAUAUUCAGCUACUUGUUACACAGAUAAGACAGUUGCAGGAAAGUGCAGCCCAGCUCCGAACAGUUUAUGCCGGGGAGAAAGCAGAAGCCAUUGCCAUGCAGGAACAUGAAGUGAUGCAGGCGUGGAAAGAGCUGCUCGUAUCCUGUGAGGACUGCCGAAUGCAAAUCACCACAGCAACAGACAAGUUACGCUUCUUUGGGAUGGUGCGUGAUCAGCUGAUGUGGAUAGACAGCAUCAUCUGUCAGAUAGGAACCGGGGAGAAACCAAGGGACGUGUCAUCUGUGGAGGUCCUGAUGAACUAUCACCAGAGCCUCAAGAGUGAGGUGGAAGCCCGAAACAAGAGCGUCCUACAGUGUAUCGAGAUGGGCAAGACUCUACUGGCUGCCCGUAACCCUGCAUCAGAAGAGAUCAAAGAAAAGCUGGAGAAGGUUUUGGCCAAGCAGCAAGAGCUCACUGAGAAAUGGGACAAACACUGGGAAGAGUUGCAGCACAUGUUGGAGGUGCAUCAGUUUGCUCAGGAAGCAGUGGUAGCAGAGGCCUGGCUCACUGCUCAGGAACCCUUCCUAAGUAGUAAUGAACUGGGUGGCAGUGUGGAUGAGGUUGAGCAGCUGAUUCGCAGACACGAAGCCUUUCGCAAAGCUGCGGCCACAUGGGAAGAACGCUUCAGCUCUUUACGCCGUCUUACCACAGUAGAGAAGAUAAAGGCAGAGCAGAGUAAGCUUCCCCCAACUCCCUUGCUGGGACGGAAGGUUUUCUUGGACCCUCAGGACUCUUCUCCUGCUCGCAGUAGCCCUUCCUCCAUCAUUAGACAGACCAUAUAUGAGCAGGGCGAGUCCCGUGUGGAGCGCAUCACCCCUCAGCCCUCUCCCUCUUCCGUGGCCCGAAGACUGGGUUCUACUGUGGCCAACUACUCUCCCAUCAUGAAUGGAGCUGCUACUUAUCGCCUUCAGGAAGCCAGGAAUGCUGGGAUUGUUGGAGUGGCUGCAGGACUGGGCACUUCUAUGGAUCAUAAGGUCACCCAAUUGCGAGCGGAAUUCAAGGCCCAAGUCCCACAGCAGAAGAUCGAACACAUCCAUGAGGCAGUCCACCCCCUACUGGAGAGAGACAGGGAGCGGGAGCGGUAUCAUGAGAACGUGAUGGCAGAGGUGGUGCUCCAGGAGCCAGGCGGAGGAAGGGAACGCCUAAACAGCAUGGUGGGAGGGAGCGGGAGCAGUCGCUCAGAGCUGUUGGUGGAGCAGCAUCCCCCUCCAAGGGAGUCGCGGUUGGAAAGACAACUAUCCACCGAGCAGCUGAUUCAGGCACGCAGGGACGAGCUGCCUCAGGAGGUGUGGAGAGAACGAGCUGGGAGGGCAGAGAGGAGUCUGGAGAGACAGACAUCUAGUGAACAGGAAGGUCAUGAGGUGCGGCGGAGGGACAGACACCGACUGGAGAGACAGGACAGCAGCGAGCAGGAGGCCAGGGAGCAGUCGGACAGACGCUCUGGUGGCGGGGACAAAAGGUCGACGCUAGCUGAGAUUGUGGAGCAGCUUCAGGAAAGAGAAGCAGCACAGGCCCGAGGAGAGCUUCCACGUCUACCCAAUGGUUUUCCUGAGAAGACUUCUAGACUGGACCGGCCACGUGCUCGCGACAGACCCAAACCGAGAAGAAGACCCCGACCCAAGGAGCCAGCUGGCGAAACACGGCGCUCAAGGUCUGUGCCAGCCCAGAGCAGUCCACCAGUACCCCAGCCGCCUACCCACCUGGCCCAGCGUGAAGGGUUCCUCUUCCGCAAAAUAGACAUUGAGGGCCAAAAGAAGAGUUCGAACAGAUCUUGGGUGAACCUGUACUGUGUGCUGAAUAAAGGUGAGCUGGGAUUCUAUAAGGAUGCGAAGAACACCUCCACACCUUACAACAACGAGCCGGUUAUCAACCUGAGCCGUUGUGCCUGUGAUAUCAACAAUGGUUACAAAAAGAAGAAGAAUGUCUUCACACUCAAAACUAACGAUGGAAGUGAGUUUCUGUUCCAUGCUAAAGAUGAGGAUGAUCUAAAAAGCUGGAUCACAAGUAUAAACACCAGUAUAAGUGAGCAUGAAGAGACUGGCAAACAGGGGCAGACCAAUCCAACUACCUCAUCUACUGACGAGGGAACGCGCAGAGAUGGCAGCAGGGCAGGCGGUUCGGAAAGAGGUGAAAAGUCAGACCGAGCCGACGGGGGAUCUGUGCGCUCAGACAAGGGUGAAAAGCCUGAGAAAAAGACAGGCAAGAAGAAAUGAGGCACACGAUAGCAGUGAGACAGGAGCCGGGACUUCAGAAAUCCAGGACAGUGCUCUGACGGAAUCAGGAAACGAAGGCGUCACUGUGAACUCCCUUUAUCUCUUGCUAUCCAGUUGAGUGUGGAAUCAGGCAACAUGGAGAAGCAAGAAGGUCAUGUGUCAGUGAGCGCCCUCUAGUGGCUGCCGAGGACCAUGACAAUUCAGGAGCUCCAUAUGGGCCAAAGAGCUGAUAGCAUAGGCAAAUGGAGGAUAAAAGAGAAAGAUGUUAUUUAUAGUAAAGUAGCUCACGAAGAUUAUUUUCUAAUCCGUCUAUGAAAAAGAUGACCCAUAUGUAUGUGUACCCGUCUCUCUCUUUGUAUAUUGUACGUCUCAACAUCAGUUCUAUACAAUCUCGCGCUGAAGAAAAUGGAAAUAUGCCAAAAUCUUUCUCGAGGUUAGUCUUUUUCUGAAGAGCAUGAUUUGUCUGUUUAUUUUGUAAGUUGUUUUGCUCUUUUAUACUGUUAACGUGUUGAUUUGUAUUCAUUGGCUCUUACACACGAUUUUGAUUCUCGUCUUGCCACUUUGUAGACCACAUGUUUGAAUGGCAUAUGACAUAUCAGAGCAUGCCUACAAGGUUUAACUUUCAAAUGAAGAAAUAAACUGUCUGUUUCAAAUAAAGGGAAGCAGCUCACCUGCUGUGAGUGUGUAUUGUCAGAUUUGAUUACUAGGGUUUGUUGGUUUCGUACAUGAGUUUUCCCAAUGUGCAGGAAAGUCUCAACCAUUAAUCUCAUAUUAUGCAUUAAAUGUCGAGUGUGAGUUAAUUUGCUCUUUUAAUGACAGAUUACCAAAUCAGUUGUGUGUAUGUGUCUAUGCAUGUAUGCAUUGCAUUCGUCAUCAAGCUAUUCUGAACGUGAGAUCGGGUUUACAUCAUUUUAUUUAUCCUCAAAAGUCUUCCAAGCACAGAACUGAUUGUUUUGUAAAACUUUUGUUUUAGCCUUUUGUCACUUUCUCCCAACAUUAUUUCCAAACAUUGCACUGAGGGCUGAAUGGAUGCAGGCGUUUGAUUUAACUGGUAAUGUGCGUUUGUAAGAUGGCAGUUGGAUGCCAUGCAGAUGUUAUUAUGUGAUUGUUUCUCAUGAUUGGCAGAAACGGUGUUAAAUACAUCUUUGAAUUGUGUAGUUCUGCAGGUGAUAGUAUAGAAAGCCCAUAGCUAGCAAAAAUGCAAGGUAUAUUGCAAGAAAAGCGGUACAUGCUUUAGACAGCUCUGCAAAUGAUGACACAAAUCCAAUUUGGUUCUUUUGAGAUCCAUCCAUAAUAUACUGUACAUGCACACACUGCAGUUGAAAAUGAGCUAACUACGUAAUGACAUGCGAUUUUUCAUGCAACAUACAGGGUUGAAAUGAAAUGUCAAAGUGUGUGUGUUGAACGGAAACGUAAUGGUUUCAGGUAUUAUAUUUGUGCCUCAUCGUCCCAAAGUCUGUCAGCUGUAGUCCUCCUUAACACGUCGUCUUUAAAU